AUGACAUGCCAGGAUGGCAAAUGGGUGUGGAUCCGCAAUGGGCAGCGGAUCGCGAUCGACAUCGGAAGGUGGUGGUAUCUCCAUCACUACCAUGGAUGGAUGAGCAAGUCGCAAUUGGAGGAGCUGCGACAGGAGAACUACAAUGGUAAGAAGAAGUGGACAAAACAUGAGGACAAUGGUAAGAAGAAGUGGACAAAACAUGAGGAGUGGGAGUUUGAGGAUGUGGAGGAGGAGACAGCGCCACCGUGGCUACCUGCUGCUAGGCGACCAGCGAAGCAGCCGCCCAAAGCGCUAGAAACAAAAGCCAAUGUGCCGGAACCGGCCCGCCCCCCGUCAGCCACAUGCAGAGCUGCAGGCAAGGCCCAGCCAAUGCCGGCCAAUCGCUGUGUUGCGAAGGCGGUGCCAGUUCAACCCAAGAAAGGGCCUGUGGUUGUGCCACCACGGUUUUUGGAUGGAUGCCCGAUUAAGGAGAAGCAGAUGCAGGCCUGUGAGGAGGCUGAGAGUGAGGGCGAGUGGGAGCCAUAUGAGUUGGAGUCUCAUUGCGAUGCUGAUGAGUCGUCACCAGGAUCCAACCGUACGAACAACAAGCAGAAAGCUGCAGGGCCUAGAAAGGUGGAGAAUGAGGAAAUCGUGAAGGCCAGAAUCAGGAAAGCUGCUGCGCAGAAAGCCAAAGAUUUCAUGGAGAGCAAACAGUUCACCCAUGCGGACGGCCACUCCAAGCAGGUCCAGAAGCAUCCCAACAAGGACACCCAGGAGGUACCUGCAAAAGAGCUGCAGAAGAAGCAGCAGAAAAAGGCUGUGGAUGCAAAGAAGAUCACUGGCAGCAAAGAAGACAAGUCUAACAGAACGACCGAGGCGGAUGCAAAGAAACGAAAAGUUGACGAAAUCAAUGAAAAAAUCAAGCUGCACACCAGCGACAAGACGAAAGAUGCGAGCAAAGAAGUUAAGGAUCUGGAGGAGGCACAGAAGGCGUUGAAGCAGGCCAUGGCGAAGAACGAAUCUCGCCUGCUAGAGCUGAGGAAGGCGACCGCACAGCCCCGGCCUUUGGCGAAAGCCCGGGCUGGGGGCAAAGUUGAUACCACGACGGAAUCUGGCGACCCGACUUGUGCUAAGCCUGCAGUUCCUAGACCAGCGGCGUGA